UUUCCGCUUCCGGGUCACGUACAGUUCAGUUCUUUUUUGUAAUGCUUUCGGUUUGAUCCAAAAUACUUGUAAUUUCUUAGCAACCAGUGUUGAACCUUUGACAAUGGGUACGCAAACUAUCGCUAGGUAGCUAGCUAGCUAACGCAAACAGCUAACUAGGUUUUACCAUCUAGACCGUACAGGUUACAGAAUACGGAGGAGGACACGUUUCGACAAGAAACAAGCAACAAGCUUGGAAACAUAAUAUUGUGGUAAUCUAACGGAAUUCCACAGUAGCUAGCUACCUUGUUCGCUAGCCACCUGCACCGAUUGGCGGACUUGUUACUGGCAGACCAAUAUGGCAAAUCUGGAGCAAUGGGUAAAUGACCGUCUCCACGACAUCCUGGGUUUGAGUGACAAGUAUGUGGCCCAGUUCAUGAUUGGCUCAGCACGCAGGUCAUCUGGACCUCAAGACUUUGUUUCUCGUCUUCGGGAAACGGGCACCAUUGACAUAGACCAGAGAGUGGUUGCCUUCGCAGAGGAAUUAUAUAACAAGAUACCCCGGAAACAAGCUGUGGAGAAACCAGCCCGGGCGAGAGAGCGAGAAAUCCUAGAGAUAGAGAGAAAGAACCGCACUUAUACCUUGCUGGAGGACAGUGAGAGUGAAGAAGAGGUAGUGAAGGAGCGGGUGAAGGAGAAGAAAAAGGACAAGGACAGAGGGAAAAAGAGAAAGCACCUGAGGCAGAAAAGGGAAGAAAGUCCAUCUUCCAGCGAAGAAGAGAAGAACAAGAGUAAGAGACCUGAUGCUGAACAAAAGAAGGAUGCGGAGAAAGAAGAGGAGGAGGAGGAAUGGGAGAAGGAGGAGAGAGAACGACUGCAGGACCUGGAAGAAAGGGAUGCCUUUGCUGAGAGAAUGAAACAGAAGGACAAGGAUAAGACCAGACACAUACUGGAGAGGAACGACAAAAAGGCCUACGAGGAAGCCCAGAAGCGACUGAAGAUGGCUGAGGAGGACCAGAGAAAAAUGCUCCCAGAGCUGAGGAAGGAAUCCCGGCAGAAGUACCUGUCCACGCGAGCACAGGAGAAGCUGGAGGACCUGGAGGCAGAGAUCGCAGACGAUGAGUACCUCUUCUCUAGCCAGCCCCUGACCGACAGGGAGAAGCAGGAUCUCCAGUACAAGCGCACGGUCCGAGACCUGGCCAAGGAGUACAAGAAGGCAGGGGCCAAAGAGAAGGAGGAGAGGAAGAACAGAUAUUACAUGCCAGAGGAGAGCAGGAGCAAGACGGUUCCCCAGCGAGACCUGGAGCUGGAGCCGGAGGAGGGGGGGCGCGAGGGCGGGGGGGAACAGGGCCGCUGGGAGGAGGAGAGGCUGAGCGCGGCCGCCCUGCACUUUGGGGCCAAGGAGGAGAGGGAGCGAGGGAUGAAGGCCGAGAUGGAGAAGUACCAGCUGGUGCUGGAGGAGGAGGAGAUGAUCAGCUUCGUCAGCGCCGUCACCAUGAAGGGAACGCGGAUGUCCAAGGAGCAGAGCGAGCCUGUCAUGUCGCAGGCCGAGCAGCAGAGAGAGUCCAUCCAGGAGGUGCGCCGCAGCCUGCCCGUCUUCCCCUACAGAGAGGACCUGCUGUCCGCCAUCCACCACCACCAGAUCCUCAUCAUCGAGGGCGAGACGGGCUCCGGCAAGACCACGCAGAUCCCCCAGUACCUCGUGGAGGAGGGUUACACAAAGGGAGGGAUGAAGAUAGGAUGCACUCAGCCGCGGAGGGUGGCGGCCAUGUCAGUGGCGGCCAGGGUGGCACAGGAAAUGGACGUCAAGCUCGGCAAUGAGGUGGGGUACUCGAUCAGGUUCGAAGACUGCACCUCAGAACGCACCGUGUUGAAGUACAUGACAGACGGUAUGCUGCUCAGGGAAUUUCUCACUGAACCAGAUCUUGCCAGCUACAGUGUGAUUAUAAUCGACGAGGCCCACGAGCGCACCCUACACACAGACAUCCUGUUCGGGCUGAUAAAGGACAUCGCCCGCUUCCGGUCGGACCUGAAGGUCCUGGUGGCCAGCGCCACCCUGGACACGGAGCGCUUCUCCUGCUUCUUUGACGACGCGCCCGUCUUCAGAAUCCCCGGCAGGAGGUUCCCUGUGGACAUCUUCUACACCAAGGCGCCUGAGGCAGAUUACCUGGAGGCGUGUGUGGUGUCAGUGCUGCAGAUCCAUGUCACGCAGCCCACUGGAGACGUGCUGGUCUUUCUCACCGGACAGGAGGAGAUUGAGGCUUGCUGUGAGCUCCUGCAGGAGAGGUGCAGGCGUCUGGGCUCCAAGAUCUCAGAGCUGAUUGUACUUCCUAUCUAUGCAAACCUGCCAUCUGACAUGCAAGCCAAGAUAUUCAAUCCAACUCCUCCAGGGGCCAGGAAGGUGGUGGUUGCCACAAACAUUGCCGAGACCUCCCUCACCAUUGAUGGGAUCAUCUAUGUCAUUGACCCUGGGUUCUGUAAGCAGAAGAGCUACAACGCCCGGACAGGCAUGGAGUCCCUCAUCGUCACGCCCUGCUCACGGGCAUCGGCGAAUCAGCGCGCAGGGCGGGCAGGCAGAGUAGCUGCUGGGAAGUGCUUCCGUCUCUACACCGCCUGGGCCUUCAAAAACGAGAUGGAGGAGACAACUGUGCCUGAGAUCCAGAGAACCAAUCUUGGCAACGUGGUCCUGCUGCUGAAGAGUCUUGGAAUUAAUGACCUCAUUCAUUUUGACUUCAUGGAUCCGCCCCCUCAUGAGACCCUUGUCCUAGCCCUGGAGCAGCUUUACGCACUCGGUGCCCUCAAUCACCGUGGAGAGCUCACCAAGCUUGGUCGCAGGAUGGCAGAGUUACCUGUGGACCCCAUGCUGAGCAAGAUGAUCCUGGCUUCUGAACAGUAUAAGUGCUCAGAAGAGGUAUUAACCAUCUCUGCCAUGCUGUCGGUGAAUAACUCCAUCUUCUACCGGCCCAAAGACAAGGUUGUCCAUGCCGACAACGCCAGGCAGAACUUUGUUGUACCUGGAGGAGAUCACAUGGUCCUGCUGAAUGUCUAUACUCAGUGGGUGGAGAGCGGGUACUCCACUCAGUGGUGCUAUGAGAACUUCAUCCAGUUCCGCUCCAUGAAGCGUGCGCGGGAUGUGCGGGAGCAGCUGGAGGGGCUGAUGGACAGGAUUGAGGUGGAGGUGUGCAGCUGCCAGGGAGACAGCAUGCCCAUCCGCAAGGCGGUAACUGCGGGGUACUUCUACCACACAGCGAGGCUCAGCAAAGGGGGCUACAAGACGGUGAAGCACCAGCAGACGGUUUACGUUCACCCUAACAGCUCCCUGUUCGAGGAGCAGCCACGCUGGCUCAUUUACCACGAGCUGGUGUUCACCACCAAGGAGUUCAUGAGACAGGUGAUAGAGAUUGAUAGCGGCUGGCUGUUGGAAGUGGCCCCGCACUACUACAAGAGCAAAGAGCUGGAGGACAGCAGCAGUAAGAAGAUGCCCCGCAAGCAGGGCAAGGCACGGGAGGAGCUGGGCUGAAGGAGAGAUGGGGGGGAGGGGCUGUUCCAGAAGGGGAGGAGCUCACCUGAGAGACCAGAAGCUUGGGCUCUGACUGGGACUUUAAUAAGACCAUAAUGCCAUGUGACCUAAAAUAACUUUUUUAUUUAUUUAUUUUUCUAUGGGAUGUAUUUUUUUUUUUUUUUUGUGAAGCAACAACAAGAGCAGUGUUUCAGUUCCUGUGUUUGUAUGACGACAUAAUGGGCUUAAUGCAAAUUGCAGUUCCUGGUACCUCUGAGUUGGACAGGUCUUGUUUGUAUUCUCUGCAAUUAGUUGUGAUGCUGUGAUAGUAAAGGUUUCCAAAGCAGGGACACAUGGGAGUCUUACCCAUUCCACAUAUUAGUGCCUGGUCCAAAUGACACAGACCCUGGUCUAAAAUGGAGAGCAGGGGCGUUGGUGAUUUCAGGAUCAACUCAGUCUACUGAGAGGAAGUAGCUUUGAACUUUGGACACAGUGAACUCUAGCACAGUGAGCUUAUCAGAUCAGGCCAACUAUUUCACACUGUACAAAAUUCAAUAAACAAGCAUCAUUUUCAUAUUUCUAACACAGUGCGUACUUCCAUUCUACUUUUGAAGUAACACCAAUGCAUGGACUGGGUUUAGUUCACUUGAGGAGGAUCAGCGCUACAGUGAUCUGUCACACAUCUUCACACAUCCGCUCCACAUGGUCAUCCCCCUCAGUUUUUCUGGAAUAACAUGGAGCAAAAUGUGCAAACCAGUUAUGCCCACUAUUUUAGAAAAAAGCUAAUAAAAAAAUACAGCUGGCCUAAUUUAGCAGCUGGAAAACCGAA